AUGGAACAGGGAGAAAAGGAAAUGAGUCUUGCCCAGAGUUUUGAAGAGUGCUUUUCUGAUACGUUAAAAUUCUCUUACUCUGAAGUAAUAGUGCCAAGAAAGCUAGAACCAAGGGAUGGCAUAGACACCAAGGAGAAGGUGUCUUAUCUAAUUAAAGUAGAAGGAAAGCUCCAUAUUGUUCACCUACUACAGAAGAAAAUGUUCGUAGCCCCAAAUAUCCCAGUUUUUACUUACAAUGAGAAGGGAGACUUGAUAACAGAUUAUCCAUAUAUACAGGAUGAUUGCUACUACUCUGGAUAUGUGGAGGAUGUCCCAGAAUCUGUUGCAGUUCUCAGCACCUGCUCUGGACUCUGGGGACAUUUGAUGAUUUCCAAUUUAAACUAUGAAAUUAAACCUGUUAAAUCUUCCUCUACGUUUCAACACAUUAUUUAUCGAAUGGCAGCUGAUGAAGACUCACCUGGUCGAUGUGGCGUAACAGAUGAAGAUAUGAAAGAUCAAGCAGCUAAAGGCAGAGACCAUCAAAUAUCUAAGGUUCAGAUGGAGAGACAGCUUGUAGUAGAUAAACAUGAACUAAACACUUUGUACACAUCUAGCAGAUAUUUAGAGUGUUAUUUUGUUGCAGACACAGCUAAAUUUCGCCUUGAAGAUUCCAAUCAAACUUUGUUGACACUGAAGAUGCUUCAGUAUAUUCACUUUACAAGUGAGAUGUACCGUCCAUUUGGCCUUCAUGUUGUUCUUAUUGGAUUAGAGCUUUGGACAGAAAGGGAUCUCUUUACAAUCACUCGCCUUUUGGAUGACGUUCUUCUAUUUUAUUCAGAUUAUGUUAGAAAGUCCCUUAUGGGCCGUGUACAUUUUGACCACGCAGAAUUAAUUGUGGGUGGAAGAUAUCGAGGGGCUGUUGGAUAUUCAUAUGGAGACCUUCUGUGCACUAUAACUCCAUCAGUAGCUGUUGUCAAUGCAAAAGAUAUAUCAGUGCUCUAUGAUGCAAUCCUUGUUUCACAUGAGAUGGGACAUUCUCUUGGUUUCCCUCAUGAUGAUGAUAAGACAAAUACAGCUAGAGGCUGUGUUUGCAAAUGCCCUGGAGGAGGAAACUGUAUCAUGUGGUCAUAUACCCCGACGAUAAUAUGCAAAGAGUUCAGUAACUGCUCCAGAGCAGACUAUUUCAACAUGAUAAGAAAACCAGGAAAAACUUGCCUUCUUAACAUACCAGAAAAGAAAAUAUUUGGAACACAGAUGUGUGGUAAUGGUGUAAUAGAAGAUAGGGAGGAAUGUGACUGUGGUAUGGAUGAGGUGUGCCUACGGAGUGGUUGUUGCCUACCCAAUUGUGUAAUAAAGCCAGGUGCUGCUUGUAUUUCUGGACUUUGCUGCAAAAACUGUCAGCUUCAUAGACAAGGGGAAAUAUGCAGAAAAAGUAUUGGUGAGUGUGACCUUCCCGAGUUCUGCAAUGGGACUUCAAGCUGGUGCCCAGAGGAUGUAUUUAAGCAAGAUGGAACUCCAUGCGGUGACAAUGACUGUUGUUUCCAGGGGAGAUGCCGUAACCACGAGAGACAGUGCAAAGCUGUAUUUGGCAAAGCAGCACAUCGGGCCCCACUGAAUUGUUUCAAAGCAGUGAAUACUAAAGGUGACCGGUGUGGCAACUGUGGUGGGGAUGGACUUACUUACAAUAAGUGUCAAGACAAAGAUGUCUUGUGUGGAAGACUGCAGUGUGUUAAUGUUAAAAAAAUCCCUCAGAUGACAAGUCUUGGGUCCAUAGUUCAAACCCCAGUUGAUGAUAUCUUGUGUUGGGGUACAGAAUUUCAUGCUGGGAGGGACAUGGUGGACGUUGGCUCAGUGGGAGAUGGCACUGCAUGUGGUGAGAACAAGGUACUGUAGUAAGUAUAGUUAGAUUUGUGAAUGGGGUGGAACAGAGAUUAAAUGGAGAGAGGGAGGCCUUGAACUCCUGUUCUCUGCUCCAUGUUGCCUUCCAUCCCCUUACCUGAAAAGCCUCAGAGAUCGCUAUAAGGACCACCUGUUCUC